GUCCCCGCCCCGUCUUGUCAUGAGCUCUGAGUGACAGCCAAGUCUCCUCCCUCCUUUCGCCGCCCCUUCCCUAAUGUCACUGCCCAGUCUCCUCCUGAUUUUCCCGUUGCUAGAGCUCGGUGACGUGUUCUGGAUGUAGCGGAGGGAUGCGGGAGUGACGGUGACCGGCAGUGAGGUGCAUUGUUCUCUGAUCAAGCCAAGUAAGGACGUCAUUUCGUCUUAUGCCUCUGGAGGGUUCACAAAAGAGGAUUUAGAGGAUAGGAGAAACAUAUAACUAAGUUGUUACUCUUCGAAGAAAUGAAGCACAAAAGAGAGAAAACACUUCAGUGCUCAGAGUGUGACUUACGCUUUGCAGCUAAAACACAUCUUCUCAUACAUCAGAGGGUUCACACAGGAGAGAAACCAUAUCUGUGCUCUGAGUGUGACAAAUGCUUUACGUGUAAAUCACAGCUUGUCAUACAUCAGAGGAAUCACACAGGAGACCAACCAUUUAAAUGUUCUGAGUGUAGCAUGUGUUUUUCACGGAAGUUUACUCUUGUUACUCAUCAGAUGAUUCACACAGGAGAGAAACCAUUUAAAUGCUCUGAAUGCAGCAAGUGUUUCAGUAGAAAGGAUCAACUUGUUAGACAUCAGAGGAUUCACACAGGAGAGAAACCAUUUAAAUGCGUUGACUGCAGCAAGUGUUAUGCCACAAAGCGACAACUUGUUAUACAUCAGUGGAGUCACACAGGACAGAAACCAUUUACGUGCUCUGAAUGCAGCAAGUGUUUUUCCCAGAAGUCACAUCUUGAUAGUCAUCAAAGAAGUCACACAGGAGAGAAACCAUUUAAAUGCUCUGAAUGUAGCAAAUGUUUUUCUGAGAAGCAACAACUUGUUGUACAUCAGAGGACUCACACAGGAGAGAAAUUAUUUACAUGCUCUGAAUGCAGAAAGUGUUUUUCCCAGAAGUACCAGCUUGAUAGACAUCAGAUGAUUCACACAGGAGAGAAACCAUUUAAAUGCGCUGAAUGCAGCAAGUGUUUUAUCAGUAAGCAACAACUUAUUAGUCAUCGGAGAAGUCACACAAGAGAGAAACCAUUUACGUGCUCUGAAUGUGGGAAGUGUUUUUCGGAGAAGUCAAAUCUUGUUAGACAUCAGAGGAGUCACACAGGAGAGAAGCCAUUUAAAUGUUCGGAGUGCAGCAAGUGUUAUACCCUUAAAGAGAAUCUAGUUAGACAUCAGAAAAGUCACACAGGAGAUAAACGAUUAACGUGUUCUGAAUGCAGCAAGUGUUUUACCAGGAAGAAAGCGCUUAUUACUCACAUGAGGAGUCACUGAGGCUUUGAAUAUGGCAAGUGUUUCAUAAGUAAACUUGUAUCAUGACAAUUGGUGUGAUUCUGAGAUGGGAGCAUAGAAUGAGAAAGCAGGUAACUUUGCACCUGGACAAACCAUGUUGCGAUACAAGGGGAGCAAAUACAUUUAUUUACUUUGCUGCGCUCUAUGCUCUGAAUUACCCCCAGAGAAAGACCAUUUUUAUUUUCUUACAGUGACAAGUGUUUAUAGAAGCUCAUCCAGGUGCUGGUAAUAGUAGAGGAAAGCGCUUUCUGUCCAGUAGAGUGUUCCAGCAGCUCCUCUCAGUGCUGGGAUUCUCUAUGACUGGCAGAGCUAUUAGUACUGGAUAUUUCUAUAGAAACUCUGUAUGCUUCUCUGUUUCACCCUAUGGGUUAUAUUUACUAAGCUGCCAAUUCUCAGUGACUAACCCCUGCUGGAUAUUAAAGGGCAGUAGUAAUACACAUAAAAUCAGACUUGCUUUGCUUGUAUUUCUAUUGCUCUAUUAAAUCCAGCACUCAAGGUAUUUAGAAUCAGUGGCUUUGGAAAAAAAAAAAAAAGAAUCUCUAGUAAUUAUAUUCCUACAAGUCUCUUAUAAAUGUACCUGCUUAUUCAUUCCCUAAUACAUUUAUUCUGUUAGGAGUACUAUGUAUUAUUUAGUAAAAUGGUGCAAGUAAACUCUUGUUUGCCUGUAUACUUUAGCAGCCAAUCAAAUUAUAACAUUUAAUAUGCUGGCAGUAGACCGCUAAUAGCUCAUAUCAGGUUGCUACGCGUUACAGCACAUCGUUUAUUUUAACUUCAUGUUAUUAAAGAAGUCCCAAGGAGGGCACAUUGUUUGGCAAGAUUACUAAUAUAGUCUCAUCAUAAUAAUUAAAAUUUACUAGCACAGUAAAAGUAUUCAUAGUCUGUAAAUGUUUCUACAGUUUAGAAGAUAGAACCAGGGGAGAUAAUUAGGGAGUCGGGUAGCACUGACAGUAUAACUGUAAAUAACCCCCCCAAAGAUCACUUAUUUUCAUAAGGCAGAUGUAUUUCCUUUGUCUUUUUUUUUUUUUUUAAGUUUUUAUUGAUUCUGAAGAAUCUUGAACAAAGAAUUUGUGUACAAUGUCAUAUUGAUAAAUUAAAUAGCUGAUGAACGAAAAUUCAUAAAAUAAAAUCCAAAAGGCAUAAAUUGUGCAGGAAAACAGUGCAAUGCAGACUAGGAGACCCCACAGUAAGGCUUUAGGUGGGUCCUGCACUGUUAGGGGUCCCUAAGUACUGAGUUAGGGAAACGCUGCCCUAGAGAGAAAGGAGGCAUUCCUGGCUGAAUCCAUACCUGCAGUAUGGUCUUUCUGGCUGCUGCACGAAGUACAAGUAGGAGUUUCGGACUCCCAGGCGACAUCUGGACGUUGUCAUGGACCAGGGACUCACCUCUGGUGAUAAUCUCCGGAGGCUCUCUGUCAGAUGGCUAGCGCUGCGACGGUGGAGGUCUGUGAGGGCCGCUGGUGUGCUGCAGCUGAGAGGGAGUUGGUGACUGUGUGCGGCCUGCUGUUACUGAAGCACUGUGCAGGGAGGCAGCCUGUGUAAGAUCUCAUGCUCUGGAGCACUGUGCAGGGAGGCUGCCUGACCAAGAUCCCCUACUCUGGUGUGUCUGCAGUACUGGGGGCCACCAUGUUGGAGACCAAUUCAAUGCUAGUGGGAUUUGGUCUCUAGUCUCUUCCAGCCAAUCACAGGCUGAGCUCUCUGGUAAUAGGGGGCAGUGCGAUUUCAAACCUUGCCAGUGCUUAAUGGUUUCUGUCCCAGUACAGGUGACUUAGCUCUGUGCUCCCACAGGUUCAGCUGUGUGCCUUUCAGUGUCUCUUGGAUUUUCAGCUCCUUGGAAUUGUCACCUCAGCUGCUGUUUGCUGAACAACUGCCAGUGGUUACCCCGGCCCCGCGGGUCACAGGCUGCCAAGACAGUGUCUCCUGGAGUUCGAUCUGUAGAGGAUUUCCCAGCAGUUCUACAGUGCUCUUCAGCCAUGUCUAAUAAUCAACCAUUCUGCAAAACUCCUUCAGUGUUCUUCAGUAACGUCUAACAAUCAUCCAUUCUGCAAAACUCCUUCAGUGUUCUUCAGUAACGACAAUUAACUAUCCAACUUACAAACUCUUCAGUAUUCACUAGCCAUAUCAGACAAUCCUUUAUUAUGCGGGCUCUUUCAAUAACUCUGCCAAUGAAUACUCUGCAUCCUAAUCAUUUGGAAUUCUUCAUCUUUGUUCUUUAAAUAUUUCCUCCUAUAUGUCUUUUCAUUAAUAAAAGCACAAGAAGAAACUACGUUCGUCGUCCUAAUUCUUCUCGCAGAGGCAUGCACUUCUACCGCUAGCACACAUCCAACGGAUUUACAAAUUCUACCGGCUGUGACAGACCUGAGGCAAGAUCCCCAAUAUGGCCCAUUCGGGAGUAAAGGUUACAAAAUUAACCAAGUGUUCUAGAGCAAUCCUGUGAAUCCAAAGCGAAAGGAUCGAUCUAGAGGGCAAGACCAUAAACAGUGGUGCAGAUCUGCAUUAUCCUCCCCAGAGCAAGGACCUCUAUGGGAAGAAAAAAACAUCAAAAUUCCACGAUUUGGGCUAAUGUACUGUACGUCCUAUAAUAAACAUUUAAAAAUGGAUCCCUAUAAUCAAUUGCAGGGAGAAGGCAAAAGCCGUCAGCAAGGGAUCUGAGCAAAUUAUAAGUUGUUACAUUUAGGAAACAUUUAAACCACUGAGACAGUUACAUCACAAAAAGAGAUCUGACCAUAAUGGGUGCACCAUUUUAAAAUAUACCUUUUUGUUAUAUCCAAUUAAAAUACUAUUGAAUGUAUAGCUAGUCAGAAAAUUAAAAAAUACAGAAAAGAAUGUUAAAAGUGAAUAAUACAUUUUUUUUUCUGAAACUGCUUUUAUUCAUUUUUUUUUUCAUGUCAUUUAAUGUACAAUUUGGCCACUACUUAAAUGGGACAUUGGGUAGAUCUGCAUCUGAAUAAUUUCAAAAGGUAAAAUAUAUCUUAAUAUAUCUCCAUUGAUAAAUGUUGAAUUCAUACUGGUAAUAAAAAUAAUGUCUCACUCCCA